AUUCCUCCGCUCGCGCUUCUCAUAAAUGUGUGUGCGUACGCAGUCUGUUUGGGAGGCGGUUGCGUGCGAAGAGCUCCACAUGUCAUUCAGAGGAAUCCGCCACCUGAAACACGAGGAAGUGAAAGCGACUCAAUCGGGUAUAAAGCAUCAACAACCACAUCUGCCUCGAGCAUUGCAAAGUGAUUGAAAACAUCAGUUCAGACGUCUGGUAGACGUUUGUUGUAUUUUCCCGAGGAAUUAUUACCAUUGUCUGCUUAGGAAGUACCUUAUCAUCUAUAACAUACCCGUUCAAUUUGAAUGACCCAUCUAACAUUAUACUGGAAUUAAGUAAUAUUGACAGACCUUGCGCACCUGUUCCCUUUACCGAGCGCAGCACGAUGAUUCCACCAGGAGACUGCAUGUACGCGGGCAGGAAGAGAAGAAAACCCAUUCAAAAACAGAAACCAGCGACUGUGAGUGAGAAGUCCAACCCAUCCAAGAGGCACCGGGACCGCCUGAACGCAGAGCUGGACCGGCUGGCCAGCAUGCUACCUUUUUCCCCAGACAUCAUCUCCAAGCUAGAUAAACUGUCCGUGCUGCGCCUCAGUGUCAGCUACCUCCGGGUUAAGAGUUUCUUCACAGUUAAUCACGAGAAGCCGUCCAGCAGAAAGCACAUCAGUCCAUCCACCAACUCUGUCCCUGAUCCCAGGAAAGACAGCCUGCCUGUGGGCAACAGCAUCACAGAGAGCGGACUCCUUCUGGAGUCCCUUACUGGCUUUGCGUUGGUGGUGAGCAGCGAUGGAAUGGUUUUCUUUUCCUCCUCAAACAUCGUUGACUAUUUGGGCUUCCAUCAGACGGAUGUGAUGCAGCAAAACGUCUUUGAUUAUGUCCAUGUGGACGACCGACAAGAGUUCAGAAGACAGCUCCACUGGGCCAUGAACCCCAGCCAGCACCACUUAGUCUCAGGAACUGAUGAAGACUUGGUGGUGAGCAGCCUGUUUCAUUCUCAGGAGACGGGGGGAGUCGCUCCUGAGUUCUCCUCCUUUCUCAACCGUUGUUUCAUGUCCCGCGUGCGCUGCCUGCUGGACAGCACCUCUGGCUUCCUGACCAUGCAGAUCCAGGGCCGACUCAAGUUCCUCCAAGGACAGAAGAGGAAGUGGGGCUCGGGGGCCCCGCUACCCCCCCAGCUGGCCCUGUUCUGUGUGGCCGUGCCCCUUCUGCUGCCCUCCAUCACUGAGAUGAAGAUGAACAACAUGAUGAUGAGGGGCAAGCACAAGAGUGGAGGGUGCAUCAUCACUACACUAGAAUAUAGUGAGAGAGAGGAGCAGUUGAGGAGGCAGGCUGGCAGUGCGGGGGGGGUAGUCGAUGGCGGGGAAGCGCUCCUCCUCAACUGCUCCAAACUUGGUGGUCCCCAACAUCGCCGCCACGCCCCCUGGACGCCCCUGUCCAAAGACAGCCUCAAGUACAAGACAGAGUGUGGACAGGACGAGCCCCUCAACUACUGCAAAACCUCCAUGGGCGGCGUCCCCCACCACAAAGGCCCAGGCCUGGACUCCCUGUGGCCCAUGCGGCCUGCCUCGGGGCCCAUCCGGGGGGGGCAAAGUGGCGGCUACACCCCCUCUAAUCGACUCGGGAAGGGUGGGCACUAUGGCAAGCCCUACCGCAUGUCCCCCAGCAUGUGCCACGGAGGAGGGCGAGGUGGUGAAAUCUACGUGCCCAGGAUGUACGAGAGCCUCCAGAGCCCUGGCGGCUUGGACCUGUACUGCGUGGGAGAGGAGGUGAAGAGCGAGUGCUAUGGCAACCUCCUGCUGCCUGAGAUGCCCAUCAAGGUGGAGCAGGACUCGGAUUCGGAGAACGGCUGCGACACGUAUGGCCGUCCGUGGCCCUGCCGGGAGCCCUUGGACCAUCGCUACCACGACGGCAACAGCUACGUCGACAACAACGGCCUCCAUAUGAAGUCGGAGGCGGACUACUACGAACAGUACUCGUCGUGCCAGAGGGGCAAGGCGGGCAUCAGCCCCAUCAGCCCGCCCUACAACAACGGCCACUUCCAGGACUAUAAUAACAUGGUGGGCAGUGGCAGCAGGCCCUUGAAGGUCAAUAAGGACCUGUCCCAGUUCAGUCCCCAGAGGUUGUCCCACCCAGACCCCCUGUGUAGCAGCCAGAGCAUCAACUGCAUUGACGUGUACGCAAGCGGCCCCAUGGAGCACAGCAACAAGGGCUACGUGCAGCAGCAGCAGCAGGACAAGUUGAGCUACGAGUUCAAAGGUCACGGACCGCGCCAGACCAUCAAGCAGGAGCCCGCGGACUCACCCCAGUGGUCGGACGGCAGCGGCCACGACAUGAACCGUGCCGCGGGACACUCUCAGAGAAGCGUUAUGCCUCACCGUGUGAUGAAUGCUGGGCAGCACAAAGCCAACCCUUGUGUUUAUAUGCAAUAGACGCUGAUGCGCCCCAUAACUUCCUCAUUCACCAGCAUAACACAUUGGCAGAAGACAUGCAGGGUACGGCUCAGGUUUAAAGACUAGUGUGGUGGAGACAAUCAAAGACUAGUGUGGUGGAGACAAUCAAAGACUAGUGUGGUGGAGACAAUCAAAGACUAGUGUGGUGGAGACAAUCAAAGACUAGUGUGGUGGAGA